AUGGUGCUGCCCCAGCCGCCCCUCUAUGUGGUCACCAAGCCGAUUCGAGCUGAGAAGUGGAAAGACAGGAGGGUGAUGCGAAAAGCCAAGAAGCUUGCCGCCAAGCAGAUCGAGCGGGAUCGUCGGAAAGAGCAGGGCCUGGCGAGUGACGAGGAUGACGAGGUUAUCAUGGACGACGGCAAGGAUUUCAAGCCUGAGCCGGUCGCCGAAGAGCCAGCAGAGACCAAGAAGAGCAAGAAGCGGAAAAAGAAGAAGAAGGGCGAGGCCCAGGAGAAUGAGGCUGAGGAGGUUGAGGACAAGGCCGCCGAGACCCUGGAGCCUCCUGCCAAGAAGAGAAAGAAGAAAAAGAAGAAAGCCAAGAGCCCGGCCGCAGAAGCUGCGCCCGAUGAGGAGGAGGAGGACGACGAUGCCGAUGAAGACGAGGAAGGCGUCGAUGUCGAGGAAGAGGAAGAGAAGAAGGAUGAAGGUCCUCCAGCAGAAGAAGUGCAGGAUGCGAUUCAUAGCUCUGGCUUCUUCAGCGACACCCGCUUCGACUCCUUGGAAAUCUGCGAGCCGCUGAAGAAGGCCCUCAAGGAGCAUAACUUCGAACGGAUGACCGAAAUCCAGGCAAAGUCCAUUCCCCACCUUUUGAAGGGGAAGGAUGUACUUGCAGCGGCGAAAACAGGCAGCGGAAAGACGCUGGCCUUCUUGGUACCUGCUUGCGAUCUGCUCUACAAUGUCAAGUUCCUCCCAAGAAAUGGCGCUGGUGUGAUUGCAAUCUCACCGACGCGGGAGCUGGCAAACCAGAUCUAUGAUGUGCUGAGGAACAUCUCCAAGUACAUGUCUCAGUCAAUCGCGGUGGUUAUUGGAGGGAUGAAUCGUAAGCCAGAGGCUGAGAAGCUGGCAAAAGGUGUCAACAUUCUGGUGGCCACUCCGGGACGUUUACUAGAUCACAUGCAGAACACCAAAGGUUUCGUGUUUCAUAAUCUGGUGAACUUGACCAUCGACGAGGCAGAUCGCAUCUUGGAGGUAGGUUUUGAGGAGGAGAUGAACCUCAUUAUCAAGAUGCUGCCGAAGAAGCGGCAGACGUCCUUAUUCUCGGCAACACAGACACGGAAAGUGGCAGACUUGGCCCGACUCUCCCUGAGCAAGCCAGUAUUCGUAGAAGUCAAGACCCAAGACAACGUCUCCACCGUCGCGGGCCUGACGCAAGGCUACGUGGUCUGCCCAGCCCAAACACGGUUUCUGUUGCUGUUCACCUUCCUCAAGCGGAACAAAGACAAGAAAGUCAUGGUCUUCAUGUCCGCCUGCAACUCUGUCAAGUUCCAUGACGAGUUGUUGAACUACAUCGACCUUCCCGUGAGCUGCAUUCACGGUCACAAGAAGCAGUCGGCAAGAAGUUCGACGUACUAUCAAUUUUGUGCUGCUGAGACGGGAAUCUUGAUUUGCACAGAUGUCGCGGCGCGCGGCCUAGACAUCCCGAAAGUGGACUGGAUAGUACAGUAUGACCCGCCAGAUGAGCCGAAGGAGUACAUCCACCGAGUGGGACGAACUGCGCGCGGGGCCUCUGGCAAGGGUAAGGCCUUGCUAUUUCUCAUGCCGGAGGAGCUGGGCUUUCUGCAUUACUUGCGGCGGGCUGGUGUUCCUGUGGCAGAGUAUAGCUUCCCCUCGAGCAAGAUCGCGAAUAUCCAGUCCCAAUUGGAGCGCGUCAUCGAAAAGAACUACCACUUGCACAGAAGUUCGAGGGACGCGUAUCGGUCGUACAUGCACGCAUAUGCGGCCCACAGCCACAAGGACUGCUACGACGUGCAUAAGCUAGAUCUUGCUCAGGUUGCAAAGGCCUUCGGCUUUGCACACCCUCCCAAAGUGGAGCUGAAUCUUAAACACACAGCAAGGAAAAAGGCGACAGGCACAAAAGGCACCUUGAAGCAGCAGCUCUCGGCAAAGUCCUCUGGGCACCAAUUCUCAGCGGACAACCCGUAUGGGCAGCGGGAUGCCAGCGACAAGAGGCAGUUCAGCCGAUAA